CAAAUAUAGUCAGUCUAGUUGGGUGAAGAUCACUACAUGUAAACUCAUAUCAGAAAAUCAAUGCCUGAUGUGGUUUGUUGAAUAAAUAUUAAACACAGUGGACAAUCAGAUUCCACAAUGGUGUUCACUGGUUUUAAAAGUGUUGUAUGGUCACUGCUGACUGUCAUCUCUUUAAGCCUCUGUAUAAUAUCCACCACUGCCGCUGAAUCAAGAUCAGCAGUCAGUUUAGUUUUGGACUGUGAGCUUGAUAAUGACAUGUACAUCUGCACCGGUGCUCAGUACCGCAUGUACUGCAACUCAAGAAUGCAUCAUUUCUCCUACCAGAGAUACCAAAACCAGAACCAAUACCAGUGCAUGAGUAAUAACUGUAUCUGUGUUGGUAAUAAGGACACCUGUACAUGCUACAAAAAUACUUCAUCCUGCUUCUGUGAGAAUUUUCGCAAUAACAUCACUAUCCCUACAGUAGUUAGUCCAGUCUAUGACUGUGGGCUUUAUAACGACACGUACAUCUGCACUGGUGCUCAGUACAACAUGUACUGCAACACAAGUGUGCAUGACUUCCAUUACAGUAAAAACCAUUACCAUUGUUUAAAUAAUAACUGUAGCUGCAUUGGUAAUAAGGACAACUGUACCUGCUCUAGUAACACUUCCUCCUGCUUCUGUGAGACUAACAGCAAAAGCAUCCCUGCAGCAGUGAGUCCAGUCUAUGACUGUGGGCUUUAUAAAGACACGUACAUCUGCACUGGUGCUCAGCACCGCAUGUACUGCAACACAAGAUUGCAUAGUUUCUAUUACCAGAGAUAUAGAAACCCAAACCAACACCUGUACCAAUGCUGGAGUAAUAACUGUAACUGUGUUGGUUAUAAGGACACCUGUACAUGCUCUAGUAGCACUUUGUCCUCCUGCUUCUGUGAAACUUAUGGUAAUAACAUCACUGUCCCAACAGCAGCUAGUCCAGUCACAGACCCUGACUGUGUGCUACAAAACAACAUGUACAUCUGCACUGGUGCUCAGUACCGCAUGUACUGCAACACACAAAUGCAUGAUUUUUCCUACCAAAAUUAUCAGUUCCAGCACCAGUACCAAUGUGUGAACAAUAACUGUGACUGUGUUGGUAAUAAGGACACCUGCACAUGCUCUAGUAGCACUUUGUCCUCCUGCUUCUGUGAGACUUACGGCAAUACCAUUGCUCUCACGACAGCAGUUACUCCAGUCUAUGGCUGUGUGCUUUAUAACGACACAUCCUACAUCUGCACUGGUGCUCAGUACCACAUGUACUGCAACACAAGUGUGCAUGACUUCCAUUACGAUACAUACCAUGACCACUGUUUUAAUAAUAACUGUAACUGCAUUGGUAAUAAGGACACCUGUACGUGCUACUAUAAUAUGUCAUCCUCCUGCUUCUGUGCUAAUUACAACAAUAGCAUCUCUAUCCCUGCAGCAGUGAGUCCAGUCUAUGACUGUGGGAUUUAUAACGACACAUACAUCUGCACUGGUGCUCAGCACCGCAUGUACUGCAACACAAGAAUGCAUUAUUUCUACUACCUGAAAUAUCAGUACCAAGACCAAUACGCAUGUGUGAGUAAUGACUGCAUCUGUGUUGGCCAUAAGGACACCUGUACAUGCUCUAGUAGCACUUUGUCAUCCUGCUUCUGUGAGACUUACGGUAAUAUCGUUGCUCUCAAUAGAGCAGUUGCUCCAGCUUAUGGCUGUGUGCUUUAUAACAACACGUACAUCUGCACUGGUGCUCAGUACCACAUGUACUGCAACACAAGAAUGCAUAAUUUCUACUACCUGAAAUAUCAGUACCAAGACUAUUACCUGUGCAUGAGUGAUGACUGCACCUGUGUUGGUCAUAAGGACACCUGUACAUGCUCUAGUAGCACUUUGUCCUCCUGCUUCUGUGAGACGUACAACAAUAGCAUCACUAUCCCUACAGCAGUUAGUCCAUUGAGACUCUCUCAAUGUGUGUUUUUUAAUGACAAGUACAUCUGCACUGGUGCUCAGUACCGCAUGCACUGCAAGACAAGUGUGCAUGAUUUUUACUACCUUUAUCAAAAUCAAAACCAAUACCAGUACCAAUGCUGGAAUAAUAACUGUAACUGUGUUGGUAAUAAGGACACCUGUACAUGCUCUAGUAGCACUUUGUCCUCCUGCUUCUGUGAGACUUACGGCAAUACCAUUGCUCUCAUUACAUCAGUUAGUCCAGUCUAUGGCUGUGUGCUUUAUAACAACACAUCCUACAUCUGCACUGGUGCUCAGUACCACAUGUACUGCAACACAAGUGUGCAUGACUUCCAUUACGAUACAUACCAUUACCAUUGUUUAAAUAAUAACUGUAACUGCAUUGGUUAUAAGGACACCUGUACAUGCUCUCGCAGCACUUUGUCCUCCUGCUUCUGUGAGACUUACGGUAAUAUCGUUGCUCUCAAUAGAGCAGUUGCUCCAGCUUAUGGCUGUGUGCUUUAUAAUGACACGUACAUCUGCACUGGUGCUCAGUACCGCAUGUACUGCAAUACAAGAAUGCAUGAUUUCUACUACUGGAAGUAUCAGUACCAAAACCAAUUCCAGUAUGAAUGCUGGAGUAAUAACUGUGCCUGUGUUGGUCAUAAGGACACCUGUACAUGCUCUAGUAGCACUUUGUCUUCCUGCUUCUGUGAGACCUACAACAAUAGCAUCACUAUCCCUACAGCAGUUAGUCCAUUGAGAGUUUCUCAAUGUGUGCUUUUUAAUGAUACAUAUAUUUGUACUGGUGCUCAGUACCGCAUACACUGCAACACAAGCACGCACGAUUUCUACUACUGGAGAUAUAGAUACCAAGACCAAUACCUGUGCAUGAGUAAUGACUGCUUCUGUGUUGGUAAUAAGGACACCUGUACAUGCCACUAUAGCACUCUGUCCUCCUGCUUCUGUGAGACUUAUGGCAAUACCAUUGCUCUCACGACAGCAGUUACUCCAGUCUAUGACUGUGGGCUUUAUAACGACACAUCCUACAUCUGCACUGGUGCUCUGUACAACAUGUACUGCAACACAAGUGUGCAUGACUUCCAUUACAAUAAAAACCAUUACCAUUGUUUAAAUAAUAACUGUGACUGCAUUGGUAAUAAGGACACCUGUACGUGCUACUAUAAUAUGUCAUCCUCCUGCUUUUGUACAAAUUACAAUAGCAUCACUAUCCCUGCAGCAGUGAGUCCAGUCUAUGACUGUGGGCUUUAUAACGACACAUACAUCUGCACUGGUGCUCAGUACCGCAUGUACUGCAACACAAGAAUGCAUUAUUUUAACUACCAGAGAUAUAGUUACCCAAACCAAUACCAGUACGAAUGCUGGAAUUAUAACUGUGACUGUGUUGGUAAUAAGGACACCUGUACAUGCUCUAGUAGCACUCUGUCCUCCUGCUUCUGUGAAACUUACAGCAAUAUCACUGCUCUCAAUAGAAAAGUUGCUCCAGCUUAUGGCUGUGUGCUUUAUAAUGACACGUACAUCUGCACUGGUGCUCAAUAUCACAUGUACUGCAAUACAAGAAUGCAUGAUUUCUACUACUGGAGAUAUCAGUACCAAAACCAAGACCAAGACCAAUACCUGUGCAUUAGUACUGGCUGUAUCUGUGUUGGUGAUAAGGACACCUGUACAUGUUACAGUAGCACUUUGUCUUCCUGUUUCUGUGAGACGUACAACAAUAGCAUCACUAUCCCUACUUCAGUUAGUUCAUUGAGGCUCUCUAAAUGUGUGUUUUUUAAUAACAUGUACAUCUGCACUGGUGCUCAGUACCGCAUGCACUGCAACACAAGUGUGCAUUAUUUUAACUACCGGAGAUAUCAGAACCAAAACCAGUAUGGAUACCAAUGCUGGAGUGAUAACUGUGCCUGCAUUGGCAAUAAUGACACCUGUACAUGCUAUAGUAGUACCGCCUCCUCCUGCUUCUGCGAGUAUAAUAUCUCCAGCCCAACCACACUCAGUCCAACUACUACAGGUCUGGAUAACAUGCUGGAUCAGUGCAGGAGUCAGAACUCUGGAGGAUGUUUUCAAAACCUUCUUGACCAGAUAGAGAACAUUACAAAUCAAGAGCUUCCUUUGGAUACUGUGACCGAAUUUCUGACUAUGGCCAUCAACACUUCAGAGAAGAUUUUAGAGUCAUCCUCAUCAGUCAGCCCAGCUGAACUAGCCUCCUACGGAAACCGCGUGUUAAAAACUAGCGAGAAACUCAUAUCUACGUUGGUGAAGCCAACAGACACGAGUGCCAAUGUCAGUUUUACUCUUCCCACUGUAGAGGGACAAGUCUUCAUGGUUGGACCACACGUCACCUUAGAUAAAAUCCCUCGACUUGACACGACGAGUUCUUCUGUGGACAUCGAUCUCAUUGGGAUUGCCAAGAACAACAACGAAGGAUCAGCUGCUGUGGCUUUCUUGAGUUAUAACACAAUGGAGAAUCUACUGAAGCCCGACUUCUUCAACACAUCAAAUGAUACGGUUAAAACCAUGAUGUCCACCGUGAUCUCAGUUACUCUUCCCAAAACCACCAACACUAAACUAACCAAACCAGUCAACUUCACCCUCAAACACAUCAGAGACUCCAACCCCAGCGGUUCUCUGUCCUGUGUGUACUGGAACACCAGCGAGUGGAUUGUAGAUGGUUGUUCUGUUUUAGAGACCAACAGCAACUACACUGUGUGUUCCUGUGUUCAUCUGUCGACAUUCACUCUUGUGCAAACCAGCAGUUCAUCACAGAGCAAUCCACCGUUGGACCUGUUGACCUGGGUGUCUGUGAUCUUGGGGCUGCUGUUCUUGAGUGUGGGCCUGUUGAUCUUUGCCCUUUGUCAGUGGACUCGCAUGUCUGAUUGGAUAUGUGGUCACUCUCGUUGUGUCCGGCUGGUUCCUGAAGGCUAUGUCAGGGAACUGUCUGGCAGCAGUACAAGAAGUGCUUCAGAUGUCUUCGCUGUGGACUCAAAGCCAACAACAUCGAAAGUGUCCCAAGAAAAACGCUGCGACAUCACGUUAUCCCUAGAACACGUGAACCAAAAUACCAACAAGAGUGCAUAAAGGAUGAGGGUCAAACAUUUUGAAUGAAUGAUUCUUAAAAAAGAGCACUAUUAAUGAUAGAUAAAUAAUCAAGAAUGAAUGUGUAGUAUGAAUGCAAUCUGAAUGUUCUACACCCACCACCAUUUUAACAUUAUCAUGUGAGAUAUUUAAUAUCCCAUAUGGAUAGUAAAAUGUCUGUUGGAUGUGAACUUCAAAAUCUUAGCAGAAGCUGUAGGUUAUCCGGGUACUUUUGUUUUUUUGUCUAAUGUUAUAUGAAUACUGUGAAUUCAGACAUGUUACUCAUUGCCCAUACUUCUUUUCACCUGCUAUAUUGUAGGGAGAUGUGUGUAUUCAAGCUACUUUUGGGCUCAAAAAAGACACCACAGGCUUUUAAGGUAAUCCAUAAAGACAAAAUAUUAUUAUUGACAGUAUCCAAAAAUACUGUGAGGAGUCAAAAUUCCAUAGAAAAUGAAUACGGGUCAAUUUGACCCCUCUUUAUGAAGAAUUUCUUUUAAGAAUUCAUGGAAUAUCAAAUAUAUUUUUUAAUUGAUAGAAUAUAAUUAACAAAUCACUGCAUGCCAGGUUGAUUUGACCCCCUUUAUGCAUUCUAGGGUUCAGAAAUACUUUUGUUUUUGUAUGUUUAAUUUCAUAAGGCCAAUUCACCCUGCACUGACAGACGUGACCAAUGCAGACAGUCAUCAGAUUUCAGUAUGUCACUGUUUAGAUGUUCCACGACCCAACAUAUGCUGAUUCAGCAGAUUCAGUUGGUGAAAGCAAGAGCUGACCAUGCCAACAGGAAUUUCACACUGAUCCGACAAAUCUCAACAAAGUGUCUGUUGCCAUCUGGUGGUUCAGUGUGAAUUGGCCUACAAAUACUACUGAUGUAAAUGAAAUAACUCAUUUAAGCACUCAAGAUUUUAUUUUUAUUUUUUUUUGGUGGAGGGCAAAAGUAUGUUUACAGACUAAGUCUAAUUACUAGUUUUUCUACUCUAGUUUUUGUUUACUUAAUAUAAAAGCUGAAUAUGGAAUAAAUGCGUGCAAAAUACAAAAACUAAAAAGUACUUCAUGUCUACAUGGUAAAUGGAAACAUUAAGUGACUUUACAUUGUAUAGUAUCAUAAAAGCAAAUUUUUAAAUGAGGCAUGUAUAAGCUCAAAUAAUGAAACUGUUAAACUAUAUUUGGAUUUAACUGUAACUGUUUUAAAUGUUUAACAAUUAGAGUUUAACAAUUUUAUCAAGCUCAGAAAGCCAUUCAUUAGAUGAUCAUUUUUCUGUAAAAACAUGUUAUACGAGUGUCUUAUUUUAAAGCUGUUAAUACUAUUGAUGUAAAGCUCAAACUAUUUUAUUGAGUCUUUUUUAAGCAUAUUUUACAGAUUCCUCUCAAUAAUCAAACUUAAAUAUUUUCAAGUAAAUGUUGGCAAAUAAAAAGUAAAAGCCUAAAAACUAUUUCAUGUGUGCGCAGUGAAGGGAAAUAAACUAUUUUACACUGUAUAGAAUUAUAGUUGUUUAGUAGUAAAGUUACGAAUUUGUUAAUCUUGCAGAAUUACAUUUUUGUUUGUCAAGCUCAAAGUUAUUUCUUCUGUAAGGAUUCAUUCAUAACAGUAUGUUACUUUAAAUAUUCAUAUGCAUUAUGCAAAAUAUGUAAUUUUUGUUACAAAAUAUCUUAAUAAACAAAACAAACAA